GACUCUUCCUUUGUCUUGUGUCGGUGGGAAAUUGCAGGCCCCGUAAAACUACCAACCCCUGAAAGAGGAAAUUGUACAAAGAAGACGUUACAGGGCGUUUCUUUCUGAAGGUGAAAGAAGAUUCCAAGCAUGGAACCUCUAAGGAAGAAGCAGCUCAAGGUGGGAAUACGUCUUACUCUAUUGAUGUUCUUCGUCUUGGGUGCUUCAGCUUGGACUGGUGAAAUCCAUGGCAGGGUUGUUUGUGAUGUCUGUGGCGAUUCUUCUAUUGGACCUGAAGACCAUAUCCUCGAAGGUGCUGAGGUUGCUGUUCUUUGCAUCACAAAGUCUGGGGAGGUUCUAAAUUACCAGGCAUUCACAGACACUAGAGGGAUUUACACUGUUGCCGAGACAAUGCCCGAGAGCGAUCGUUGGGAUGCCUGUCUUGCUCGUCCCAUUAGCAGCUUCCAUGAGCACUGCACCGAACUCGGCAAGGGCAGCUCAGGGGUGAAGUUCAGCUACAAUCACCCAUCAGGUUAUUCCCAUACAAUUAGAACUUUCGUUUACCGACCUUCUAGCCUUCCAACCUACUGCAUUUGAUCUGCCCUGGCCUUGCUACAAACCUAAUGGUGACCAUACUUGGUUAAACUACAAGGAAAACUAAGGAGUACAUGAGCAAUUCAUGCUAUACUAUAUGCGCGCGCGCGCAUACACACAUAUAUAGAGUGUUGUCUGAUAUUUAUUAUUACUGUAGAGCCUAGUUGAAAUGAAGGUGUGAACUGUGUGAGUCUAUGACCAAAGGACUUGUGAAUGACAUUGUCAUUGACAGUGACAGUGGAGCAUGUUCAUUGUAAGGAGUUUGAGAAGUGAACCAUACUGUUUGUAACUUAUGAAUAGUUCUUCUUUUUUUAAUAGAUUUUAUAUUAUAUAUUAUGAAAUUGUUCA